AUGGGGCCCCCGGGCAAUAGGGGAUCAUGGGGCCCCUGUGUCCUCACCCACACUCAAACCACACCCAAAAAAAGCCUAUGAAAGGUACCAGGGGCAUCUCAUGUGGCCCCCUACUGACCACGGGCCCUCUCGGGCAGUGCCUGAGUUUCCAAAUGGUCUGUCCACCCCUGUGUACUACUACCCUCCUUCUCUAUCUCCUCACAUAACAAAUUAUAUAAAAAUUAUUUUUAACCAAAAGUGGACUUAGUGCUCCAGUUUUGUUUCAGUUUCUUUAGGGACAUGGUUCUACUCACAUCUGUGUU